AUGAACGAAGGAGUUCAAGUGCAAGGUGGCAGUAAUACAUCCAGCUACUACUUCGCAGCACCCAAUGCGCAGACACGCUUUGUGCCAUCCGCUGCGUUCCAGUCGAAUCGCCAGCCAGCCGCGCAAGCCGCUUACCUAACAGGCACACGCGGUGGUGCGGCAUUGUCCAAUGGUGCUUACACCCAACCAGGUUCAUAUCAGGAGCAGCUGUUGUUCAUCAGCAAUGACGGCAAGCGGCAGCAGCAGUUACCACAGUCACAACUGCAAUCCUCGUCCGCGGCGGAUUAUUCGCCAUUCGGUGCGCAAAUUUCGCAAACUCGUAAUCCCGACUUCUACGACAUUUCACCGCGUCCCUUUGGCGCGCCAGCUUCGACAGGCCUAAGUACCGCAGCUAGCGGCUUCUCACGUUCCAAGGCGAUACGUCCGAAUAGCGGCGGAUUUGUGCCCUCACAACAAACCCCAGGACGCGUAAAUGUGCCACAUCAACAGACACAGUUUUUAGCGCACUUCAAUGAAGCGGGUUCCUCUUCUGUCAAUCGCCCAUCGGCUAACAGUCUCACCGGCUCUUUCCAACGUCCCUUCGGCAGUGGUGGUUUCGUGCCUAGUUCGAAUCGCAAUCGUCCAGUGGUCACGGCCGCUACCUCAACUAACUACAAUUCUGAUUUCUCACCCAAUUCAAGCCAGACUUCAUUAUCGCAAGCACCCUUCAAGAAUACACGCAAUCGCUUCCAACCGAGUAGCGCAAAUACGCCGACCACCUCAUCUACUACAGAAGCAUCUGUGCCGAUCCCAAAACGAUACAAUCGUUUCGGUGCAAACCGCUCGCAGAACCCACUAAAAACGCCAAAACCACAACACCAACAAACUUCGCAUAACAACCCGGAAGCCUCCUCGCAGCGCCCCACCUUUGGGCGCGUGACAGGCAAUAAGUCGAGUAGCUUUCAACCGAGACGUCCUGUAUUCAUUAGUCGCGAAAUUAAUGAGCCUGUAAGUGUGGCAAAAGUGCAAAGGCCCUUUGCCGCUGGACGUAUCAAAUAUCCAGUUAAGGAAAGCCUCUUUAAGCAAUCCACUGCUGCUGCUGUGAAACCGACACCUUCCUUUACGCCAACCAGUGACAGCGAAGAGUAUUAUGAAGAUGAGAGUGGUAACUCCGCGGAUAUUGAUGCCACAAAAGAAACAAGUUUGGAGAAAUUAGAGUUGCAUGAGGCCGAAGAGACAACGGUUGCAUCAUUAAGUGAAACAACACAUUCCACAUCCACGGUUGAUAGUGAGGAGACGACAGUGCUGCAAACAGAUGAUGACAAAUCAAACUCGACCGCUAAGAAAACUGACGAGGAAUCAAACCAGGAGGUAGUGGAUGUCACUACAAAUCGUAGUUCGGAGUAUGAAUAUGAAUAUACGGACGAAGAGGACUCUACUGACGCCACGGUGAAAACAGAUAAACACAAUCAAACCUCAACUACAGCAGUAGCUGAAGAUACUACAAGCACCAGCGCACCCGAGGUGGUGGUGGUCACCACUGAACAACCGCAAACCAGCGUAAGCGAUGAGGAAAUUGAAGAGGUUACCGCAGAUAUGCUCACAACUGCACCGCACGAGACCACUACCGCUAUGCCCGCAAAUCAUAAGGUGACCGAGGAAGAACAUGAAGAAAACGAUGAUGAAAACUAUGAAGGCAGCGCUGAUUACGAUGAAGACGAGUACGAGGAGGAAGAUGAAGAAUUUGAUGAAACCGAAGAAGCCAAUCACGAGCCAGAAAGCGAUACACAGGAAAGUAGCUCCCCGCAAAGCGACAAAGAGACCAUCGAUCGCGAGGUAAUAUCUGUGGUGACUACCAAGAGUGUAGUGAAUGGCUCAACUGCAUUCCCUUCACCGGUCACACAACGUUCAACAACACCUUUCAGCGACGAAGAAGCUAUCUUUAUGGAGAACAAAGUACAACCGGCCAAACUGGAUGAGGAAAAAGAGAUAAUUGAGAAGACCGCCGACAACUCUACAACCAAUGAUGAAUCUUUGAGCAACACAACCGAGAGCUAUGUGGUAAUCGCGUCCAUACAAACUAGUCGCAGCAUAAACGGUGCACGUUUCCUGCCCUUCCCCGCCAUCGAACAGGAGGAAACCAAACAGACACUCUCCGAGUUGGAGCGCAAAAUCCACGCAAAGAACAACGCUAAAGACAUGGAUACUGAUGAAGCUUCGGAGAGUGGCGAAGAGGUGAUAGCGCAUAUGACUGAGAAGUCUAGCACAAGUGCGGCUGUCUCCUCAACGGAAAGCAUCAUUGACAAGUUGGAUCGUGUGCAGUCAGAGCUAUCUAGUGGCCUGCUCUCCGGCAAAUAUCCGAUUAUAACCGAAAUGGAUGUUUCCACAAAAGCGACCACUACUACCUCAGGUUCAAAAUUUGUGCCAAAUAUACGUAAAUUCCAACCGAAAACCACUGCUGCCUCGAAAGUGAAGGUUCAUCACUUUGAUGAGAGUGAAAUGGAUGAGUUAGCUGGACUACUACCAGUUGGUUUCAAGCCUCGUCCAUCGUACAAGAAUCGUAAGAUUACCACUACUACUACUACGACAACCGCGCCCGAGGUGGCGGAUCCUCAAGUGAAGAAACCAGCGCGUAACUCUACAAUUAGUCGAUCGUUCAAGAAUAAUUCUGUAGUCGUGCAGGACGUAGCGCCCGCAAGUCUCUUGCCCAAAGGCUACAAACCGCCCACCACAACUGAAGCGACUACGAAAGCCGACAUCAAGGAUCUGUUCAGUAAGAUUAAGUUUGAUGACAACCUCGAUAAACUGCUGCCAAAAGACUACAAAGACAAAGCAGUUACGACCGACAAACCACCUGUAACACUGGUGGAUGAUUUGUCCAAGUUUUUGCCGCCGGGUUACAAGUUGAGUACAACUGCAGCGCCCAUGAAGAAACCCGUCGCAGUGGUGCAAGACAGUAUCAGUAAGCUACUGCCACCAGGUUACAAGCCACCAUCCAAAUCUGAUGAUGAGUCCGAAAAAUUGGCGGGUGCUAUAAUACCAUUAAAGGCGGAUGACAUCUCGAAAUUCCUACCGCCAGGUUUCAAACUCAAUAAGACAAAUGAAAAGGACACAUUGCCAGUGCCAGAGACUAUUGACAUCACUCAAUUAUUGCCGAAAGACUAUAAACCAAGUGCGGCGACGGAGAAAGCUAUUGAAAAGACCGAAGUGAAAACCGUAGAAAAGGCCAUGACAACGUUAAUAGCAGCCUCAAGCACUGAGCCCAGCACCGCUGAUGGUGCAGCCUCUAGCACCACAGCUUCAGGUUACAAAGUCGUUUUCCCCAAGGGAAUACACAAACGCAUAGGAGCAACGCGUAUAACGACGCCGCGUACAAUUGGUGACGGAGCAAUCGAGAUGAACAAUUCACCAGCGGUGGUUAUAAAGAAGGGACCUCCUACACGUGCUACCACUGAAUUCACUGGUUGGCCAACGCCAUCCACCACACCCAUCUCGAUUGAGAAAUUACUUGAACAGAGUAGAACGGCCAACAUCAAUUUCGAGGAUCUACUGUCGUCGAGCAGUACGACAACCACAACAACAACGACCACUACAACGACUACUACAACACCGCGUCCCACAAAACCUGGACACUGUACGGCCGACUGCGACCUAGCAGCAACCAUUAAGAUUGUAGAUGGCGUUGCGUGGAAACCAGAAUUAUUGGAUCACAAUACGCUCGAGUGGAAGAAUCUAGCGCACGAAGUAGAAGCGGAGCUCAACGAAGUCUACUCUAAGGCACCACAGCUGAGUCGCUGGUACAAGAAGGUGCGCAUCGACAGCUUCAGUCAGGGUAGCGUGCUCGUAGACUAUUAUGUCGAACUGGCCAACAUCACUGAUGAUGUCAAUACGCUGGAAAUUAAGAAACUCUUCCACGAUGCCUUGACUCACCCAUCACCCAAUAUGAUCUUGGCACACAAACCUGACACGGAGAACGAGACGGACAAUGAGGAUGAAGAUGAAAGCGUGAAUGAGUCAUAUCGUGAAGCAAAGGAGGAGAAACUAAUCAAGGACACUUAUUUGAUGGGCAAAUAUGUCAUCGAUCCGGCGGCAACGGACUUUAGCGUUAUACCCAAAUCACUUUCACCGAUGGUGGAGUAUGCCGAGGAAGAUCAACUGUUACCUCAGUGGGCGAUUGUAGUAAUUGUUAUUGGCGCAGGGUCACUGAUCUUUGUUGUCAUCUUCGGCGUAACAGUGCUGCUCAAUCGACAAAAGCGCUCCAAGAAGGUGCCUAUACCUCUAACCACUGAUAUGCUGAAUGAGCUAAAGAUCAAUCAUAUGAGCGGUGCAGAUAACUAUGGCGUCGAUGAUUUCUAUAAUAUAGAUGAUGCUUGGAAUGAUACCAAGCAACCGAUAAAACCAAAGCGUUUCACCAAUUCCCUGCACGGCAGCAACGGUUCCAAUAUCUACGAUAGUUGGCGUUCCACACGUCACGGCGACUAUUUCUACGAUUCUCAAACUAACUACUCACAAAAGGGUGACUCAUUGCAACGUGCUCACCAUCACCACCACCAGCAUCACCAACAGCAACCACAUAAUCAACAUCAUCACCAGCAGCAGCAGCAUCAUACGAUGUCACAGCAUCAGCACCCAUAUCAUCAGUAUCCUGAUGCCUUUGCGGAUGCGCAUCCCAUGUACACGUACAACAACAACAGCACUAGUAACAGCAAUCAUGCGAGUCGAGCGUCUCGUUAUCAGCGAGACUACGAUCCAGACUUUUAAGUGAUAAAGUAAAAGAGUAAAAAACACAAAAAAAAAUAAAA